AUGAGUCGCCUAACGAAUGGAUACCUUAGAAAAAGGGAUCCCCCGGAAGAAGAACAUCAAAAAGACGUGCUCAUCGUUGGAGCAAACACAGGAGGCCUCCUCCUCUCUCUCGACUUGGCACGAAAAAAUGUAAACCACUUGGUGAUAAACUCGUGCGACAGAAAUAGGGAAGGAAUAAACGGAGAAGAUAUAAGUGAGCAAUAUUUACUCUACCCCAGAACGUUGGAAAUUUUUCAUGAUUUAAAUAUCCUCUCAGAGGUACGGAACAGAAGCUUAAAACUGACAGGAGUUAGCUUCUAUGUUGGAAAUAGAUUAAUAAAUCAAACGGAUAAGACUUUCUUUCAAAAUUGCAAUGGAUCGACAUCAUACAUGCUAAGUAUAAGCAAAACCACACUGAAUAAUAUCCUGCGAAGAAAAGUGGCUUCCAUCAAUUCGGACGCCGUGCAGGAUGGCACCAUCCUGUGGGGGCUUAGUCAGAACAGUCCCCCCACGUCCACAGGGGGAAACAUAUGCCGUAAAGAUAAGGGCGCCGCUGAUCUGCACGCACAUUUGGACCAUAAACAGCGGAAACAACACGUAAAAGGGAGAAGAAGGAAUGGAAGGACAAGGAGAAAUCAAAGCGGAAGCUGGAGCGACGUGAAGAAGCUGUACACUCUGCCCUCCCUCCUUAAGAGAAGACAAGGCAAAGCGAGCGGUCACCUGGUCGGGGAAAAGAAAAGAGAAAAAAAAUUCACCCCGAGAGGAAGCCAACACAGCUCGUCCAGCAGCAGCUGUAGCGAACACGAGGAAAAAUACACAACUUGUUUGCAAGCAGACUCAGAAAAUUCGUUGGACAGAUACAGAAUUCAUAGCUCAUCCAGUGAUACAGUCUCCAGUUUUUCGACCACGAUGCAGGGCGAUCACUCUGGGAAUAGCACCUGCGAAAAUGGUUUCUUUCAACGUUGCGUGAGGUGCCCUCUAAACGGACUCCCUACUGAGGGUCAUAGGAAAGCUACGCCUACGGUGCAUGUGCGGUUGGUAGAGGACACCAAAAGGGGGACGAAACAGCACACAGGUAACUACAUACAAGUGCCCCAGGAUCGUAAAAAACAAUACAGCCAAAUACACAGUACUAUUGAGCCUAUAGUGGGAAAAAGACUGUGGAGGAGAGGGUUUUUUUUUGGGGGGCAAAAGGACACGAAUGGCGCGGUGGAGAAAAAUGCACACAACGACUUAUCCGUGGAAAGCCCUGCAACGAAUGCCCCAACGAGGGUUCCUUCAGCUCGCGAUACCCACCCAAGUGAGGAUCGACCAGGUGAGGACCUGCCAAAGAAACCCUUGAACUGCUCAAUUAGGAGCAAAUUCAUAGUCGGCGUCGAUGGGAGAAAAUCCUCAAUCAGAAAACUAGCAAACAUAAAAAUGGAAGAGAAGACAAGCCAGCCAAUCGAGUACAUAUCUGUGGAUGUCUGCGCCAAAUGGAACAUCGACAUGAGUCACUACAAUUUGACCCUCGUUCAGUCGGAGCAUGGCUUCACCACAUGCUUCCCCAUUCUCACUGACAUGAGAAAUAUUUACAAGCAAAAUUUUUACUGCAAUGACCAGGCAUUCGGGCAUUUCAUUGAACGAACCAAGGAGGAGUAUAGCGUCAAAGGGGACCUCCCUGAGAGUGCAUCUUCCCUUAAAAGGGUGCACCCUGUUGGGAGAGUGCUUCCUUCGUUUGGGGGGAAACCUACAGAAGACCGGGGCGCAACGAAGCAUCCACGUAAACCAUGUCAACCAUGUCCACCGACAAAUGGACUCGCCGGGACGACUGCCAAGGAGGCUCCUCACCGGAGCGGCAGCGAGAGCGGGAUCGAUCCAGGGGGGGAUGAAGACUGGGCCAAUUGGGGAGAUGGCCCCACCGCAGAGGGGGGAUCGAAAAGGGAAUCGAAAAGGAAUCCACAGGGAGGCGCGCAAGAUGAACCUGUACAGACUCCAAUCGGAAAACAUCCACGUGACCGCCAGAAACGGGAACGAAAAGCGACGAUUACAGACUUGCAGAGGCUAGGUGACGAUCCAACUGCACCCUCCCAAUAUGAAGAUAAACCCGAUUUAAUUACACCAACUGGUGCACACGCAGGUAAAUCAGCCGAGAAUGGUGUUGACCCGAUUGGACCCCCUUCUAGGGGCACAUCAGAGUGCCUAUCCUCGGGGGAACCGCAAAAUGGUCACACCGAACGAGGGAACAGCCAAUCGAGCGGAGGCACUUCACCUGAGGUGUCUCAGAACUCCGUCCCGUCAGAAGAAGUUUCCAUUGAAGAGGACCCCCCUGGAUGGGGCCAAAAUGGAGCACCUCAGGGGCACCCCGUUGAGCGCCAUGAGGUUAGGGAUAAGACUGAUGGGGACAAAUGGAGGGAAAACCACGUGGCAGGUAUGGACAGGAGCCAUCCAUCCAAGCCAAACUAUGAUAAUCAAAUUGAGGGGAGAGAUGCAUCUGCAUGGGGACGCCACCCCAAUGCUGCGGGACACUCAGAGGGGAGCAGGACGCGGUCACAGAGCAGUGAUAGCAUCGUAGGAGAAGAACAACACGACGAGUGUCCUGUAGGAGAAGAUACAAACGAUGGGAAUGCUUUCCCAAAGGGGGAGGAAGAUAAAUGUGCGAACGGAGAAGUCAGGGGGGCAAUUUUCCAAGGUGAGAAACUGUGGGGAAGUCCCAGGGAAGAUGGCCCCGAAAUGUGUGCCACGAAUGGAACUCCCCCCAAAAGGAAGCGGCACAUCAGGAGCGAUCACGAGAAACACCAAUCGAGCGAUAAUUGCAGCGUUCAUUCAACGGAUCAUUCGAAACACCACCCCAGUGACAACACCGCCAACUUGUUCUCCGACGCAGUGAGCAACAACUCAGGGGAAACCGCCCCACGCAAUUCCGCGCUUAGCAUACGCAGGGGAGGCUACAACUGGCAUUUGACCAUAUGCAGGAGAGCAAACAGAUACUCGCCUGAAGAACUCAUCUGUCGAAUGAAACAGACAAACAAAUUGCAUCACAUGGAAGUGAUCCACUUGAUUGAAAAAAUCUUCCCAGGUGCAAAAAUAUUUUAUAUAUACAAUUUGAAGAGAGGAAUUCACCGAGACCAAAUGUGCCAGGAGUUCUAUAGACAGGGGAUUAUCCUAGCAGGGGAGUCCAACUGCCUGUAUAACCCCAUGUUUAGCAUAAGCAUCAAUCUGACAGUGCAUGAUGUAUACUGCAUUGGGUGGAAAUUAAAAUAUCUCAUUGAUUACAACUCAUCGCCCAUCCUACUGGAUGAAUACCAGAAGGAGAGACAAUACAUUUCUCAGAAGGUCUUAUCAUGGAGUAGUGAAAUGAUUCAUUUUGUUUUUUUAUUGAAUAAUAUCGCAAGUUACUAUUUCGCUUUAUUCCUGAAUUGCUGUUCCAGGACGAUUAGCAGGUUCACUUCCACUUCCAACGUUUUGGACAGGCUUUACAAAAAGACGUUUAUGUUGCAGAGCGACUACUACAGAUUAGGCCUUGUACACACCUCAGCUCAACUCACAAGCAGGCACUUCAUGUGUGGAGAUCGCCCAAGGAACUGCGUCCUCAGAUGUGUCACCCUGUAUAGUAACACUCAUCAGCAAAAUAACACUGUUCGUCUGUAUGACUACCUGGGGUGCCAUGCACAUACCUUAAUUUUGUGCAUAGGCCUAAUGAACCCCUCCCGAAUUUGUGCUUGCAAAAUGGGCCUCCCAAAGAGGUGCCCCCAUAUUAUGAACCCGUUCUCCUCCAAAGGGUGGGCAGGAAGCUCCCACCAUGGUUGCUCCCACCAUGGUUGCUCCCACCACGAUGCGGACGCCUUUCUGAGACUGACAAAAAUUGGAAGAUUGACUUACGGCGCCAUGGCCAGGGGGAGACAUAGCUCAGCGCUGAGCAUUCUCUGGGUUGUGUGCGGGGGAGAAAAAAACGACUUCGCACGCGGAAACUCUAUCGUCAGUGCGGGUACCGACACGAACGGGGGUAUCACCAGGAAUGGAAAUGCUCUUUCGGCAAUCCUUUCUGUUGUAUGCCCCCAGAUGAUGCACAGAGCCACCAUCCAAAGUAGGAACUCCCCACUAAAUUGCCUUCUUACCAAAAUAAGAUCCAACAACAACCCGGGCAGACAAACCAUCCUCUACGAUUUCAUGAGCGACUUCCAGAGGCAGCUAAACAUCAAGCUAGGUGCGCCCUGCGUUCCCACCGAUUUGUGCAGAUCCAGAUCAGCCAUGUACAUUUUUGUUCGUCCCGACAUGCACAUAACGCACAUGAAUUAUGUGAACGACGAGAAUAAGGUUACCGCCUUCAUCGAUUACGUGUACAGAUUUUACGGCUAG